AUGGACUCUCAGGGGAAUGUAUCAUUGAACAACCAAGUUUCUGGUUAUGAAACAGGCUGUAAUGCAAUGAGGGGUAUGUCAGGUUCCAAGCGACCGAUUGUGAUAGGAGACGCUCUAGUCAGAGAAAUAAAGAAGCCCCCCUUGGCACCCAAACCGAAACUCCACCAUCAACUUUGCUCAGCGGCUGUUUCAAGGCUGAUUUCUUCUCCGAUUCCAAAGUCAGGUGAUGUCUCUUAUCCACUUCUUGGUUCUAGGGGAGCGAAACCACCGAUUGCUCCAAAACCAAACUUGGCCAACAAGGAGCCAGUGGUCGAGGUCAAGUUGACUCUCCAUGGGAACAGUUUAGGCGAGUAUGCUGAUGGCACAUUGUCACUCGCUGAUCCACAGCAGGUGCUUAACUUUGAUGGGCUCUCCAUUCCUGACACACGAGAUGAAACUGAAGUCACCGUCUUGUAUCCAGAGCGACAAUUGACUGUUGAGACUGAUAUCGAUGAAGUGAAUACUUUUUGGGAAGGUGGGACAACAAAAACACAGGAGAACGGGACUCCAGUGUGUGGUGACAGUGACUGUCAAGAGAUUUUACAUGAUGAUGAGUUUGUGCAGUCAGAAGACAAGGACUUAACAAAUAUGGAUCCUUGCUUUUUGUGCAGAUGUACGGAGGUGGACUAUGUUGAAGGUCAACCAGUUGUGGUGUCUGUAGGCAGCGAAGAGGGUAAUGUUGGAGUUGCUGUUAGUGAGGCUAGCCAGGAAACGGACUCACAAGAAACACCCCAGACGGAACUGCAUGCCUCAUACAAUGAUGGUGACAAUGUAAACAGCAUAGAAGAAAAUGUAAGCGUUACAGCAGACCAGCAAGAAUAUGCCGGAGAGGAGGCAGAUGGUCCUGGGGAGAAGACAGAGGGUCCUGGGGAGGAGGCAGACGGGCCUGGGGAGGAGGCAGAGGGUCCUGGGGAGAAGACAGAGGGUCCUGGGGAGGAGGCAGACGGGCCUGGGGAGGAGGCAGACGGUCCCGGGGAGGAGGCAGAGGGUCCCUGGGAGGAGGAGGCAGAUGGUCCUGGGGAGGGGGCAGAGGUUCCCAGGGAGGAGGCAGAGGGUCCCGGGGAGGAGGCAGAGGGUCCCGGGGAGGAGGCAGAGGGUCCCGGGGAGGAGGCAGAGGGUCCCGGGGAGGAGGCAGAGGGUCCCGGGGAGGAGGCAGAGGGUCCCGGGGAGGAGGCAGAGGGUCCCGGGGAGGAGGCAGAGGGUCCCGGGGAGGAGGCAGAGGGUCCCGGGGAGGAGGCAGAGGGUCCCGGGGAGGAGGCAGAGGGUCCCGGGGAGGAGGCAGAGGGUCCCGGGGAGGAGGCAGAGGGUCCCGGGGAGGAGGCAGAGGGUCCCGGGGAGGGGGCAGAGGGUCCCGGGGAGGGGGCAGCGGGUCUCGGGGAGGAGGUAGAUGAUCCCGGGGAGGGGGCAGAGGGUCCUGGGGAGGAGACAGAUGAUUCACGAGUUGAGGCCGAUGAGACCAAGGACACAGAUGAUGGGGCAAUGUGGGUCAAAGCCAGUGGGGAGGCAGCAGGCGGACUCUGGGUAGAUGUGCUGGGGAAGGCCCAGGACACAGCAGACGGGGACACAGCAGACGGGGACUGCGCAGAUGGAGAUACUGCAGACAGGCUUUGCCAAUGUGAGAGAUCAGCAAACGAGCCUGGGGUAGGUGAGAAUGAGGCAGGUGGGCAUGAGGGAGAUGGGAAUAAGGGAGAUGAACCUCGGGAAUAUGGGGAAGAGGUGGAUGGGAAUAAGGGAGAUGGGUCAGGGGGAGAUGGGGAAGAGGUAGGUGGGAAUAAGGGAGCUGAACCUCGGGAAGAUGGGGAAGAGGUGGAUGGGAAUGAACCUCGGGAAGAUGGGGGAGAGGUGGACGAAUGUGUUGGAACAUUAUUAACUGGAACAUCGAAGCUGCUGAAUUAUGAAGGGGAAAAGAACAUGACUACAUUAUCACCAAACACUCAAUCCUGGCACGUAAAGGAGGAACUUGGUCAAAAUGAAGAACCAGUGGAAUUGUCACAUUCCUCCAUAACUGCAGAACAGGGGGAGACAUCUGAGAGGGACGAUCAGCUGGGUAUCUCUCCCGAAAAUACCGUAGAGAAAGUCAGUCUUGCCAACUCUAACUGUGUCCUUAGAUUCGCAGUUGAAAGUGGAUACAGGCGACUAUUGAAACAAGACUCUGAAGCCUCUGAAGGGAUAGAUGGAAUGCUACCUUUGUAUUUUGAAAGAGCUGAUUUGGGAGGAGGGAGUGAGUUAGUUGAUAAAGUGGGUGCUGAUAAACCUGUUACCACUGAUUGGAAUAACACAAGAUCAAGAGCAAGGUCUCUUAGUGUGAAAGUGCCAGAUACAGUUUUGGAAGAAACCGGAAUCCCACUUCAAAAAGCAGCCAGAGCAGCCGGAGAAGAUUGUAACCUCGGUGACGUGUCAGUAAACAGGAGGUUGUUUACUGCAAAGCACAGAUGCUACACUUUCUAUCCCCAUUCAUUUUCUGUUGAAGCAAAGGAUCUGCCCAUUUCUAUUUAUAGACAAACAGAGAGACUUUUUGAUAACAAAAUGGAGACAAUGGAAGAUAAUCUCUCCCUACUUUCUGUUGUUCCACCAUCGGGCAGUUUGCUAAAACCGAAUCCUCUCCCGACCUCUGCAGCCUCUAGUCCCUCCUCUGUGGUGGAUAUCCCUCCUCCGUUUGAGCUUGCCAGUAUCACCAAAAAACCCAUCACCAAAAGUUCACCGUCACUCUUGCUUGAAAACGAAUCUCCGGAUAAAUAUUUAAAACAGAAUGCAAAGAAAAAGUCAUCCUUCAAACGGUUUUUGCCCAUUAAAUUUCGGAAAAAGGUGGAAAAUAAGAUCGCAGUUGAGGUGAAUGUGUGCAAGCCUCAAUCGGAUACAGUAAGGGUCCUGGAUUUUGAUCGGAGGAGUUUGGGGAAUUCGCCGCAGAUUAAGACGCGAUCUGGAAAGAUGCGAGUGUGGGAUUCUUCCUCCACCUUCCUAAUCAACAAAGAUGGCAAGAGGAAAGGGACACCAAAACCUUUCAGUAGAAGCGUGACAAGGGUCGAGUCCUUUGAGGAUAGGUCACGGCUUUCUUACUCAUCGCUCCCAUUAACUAAACCGCGAUCCAUUUCCUUCCCCAAUGCCGACACAUCUGAUUACGAAAACAUUCCAGCAGUCAGCUCAGACUACGAAAACGUGCAAAUUCCAUCCAGGAGGAAUGGCCGCUCCGGGACCUUCACUGAAUUCUUUGACAACCCCAGCAGAGCUUUCAGCUCCGCCUCGGAAAACGAUGGAUACGUGGACAUGAGCAGCUUCACCCCAUUCGAGAGCCGCAAGAACAUGGAUCAGGAACUUGAGAGUGUCGAGAGUGAGACGCUGACAGCAUGCUUGCCCAGUGGAGACGAGCUUGUAUCAGACGAGGAGAUUGGAAACAGUUCAGAGUCUGAGGAGAUCGAUAGGGACAUGGCUGAACAGAGUAACAUUGAACUGGAAGCCUAUCACAUUGCAAAAGUCAUAACAACUUCUGAAAGAGCGUACGUCAGUGUGCUGAAGCUCCUACACACAGACUUCAGAAGAGUUGCCCUGGGGGCUGUUGAUGGUGAAGCAUGCCCUGUGCUGGACCGAGAAGUAGUCACUGUCAUCCUGUGUGCUGUCUCUGAGCUCCUUGAUCUCCACCAGGAAAUACUGCAGGAGUUGGAACAGAGUGUGACUGAAUGGGAGCAGGCGGCUCCAUGUUUGGCGCAUGUGAUCUUAGCCCGAGGGCCCAGACUGAGUGUGUACUCCAGGUAUAUUGAGCAAUUUGAACAUAACCUCGCAAUCCUGGAACAAUCCUGUAGCAACUCACGAGGGCUUUCCACAAGACUGCUGGAGUUUGAGAUCCAUCCUGAUUCUAACAGGCUGACUGUAAAGCAAUGUCUUUUCAUGCUGCUACUGCGAGUCCCUCAGUAUCACCUUUAUCUGACAGAUUACUUGAAUAAUUUACAUCCCGACAAUUCUGAAUAUGAAGAUACUCAAGCUGCUGUGUGUGUCGUGAGGACAGUGUGUGAGCAGCUGAGAACAUGUGUUGCCCAAGCGGAGAAUCUACAGAAGCUGUUGGAAGUUGAGCACCAAGUGAAAGGAGUGCACCAGCUCUCACAGCCUGGGAGGGUGCUUAUCAAGAAAGGAGGAUUGCUGAGAGUGACAGAAGGAACACGAAGGCCUCGAUACUGCUUCCUGCUCAGCGACAUGUUCCUAUACACUGCGCCCCAGCAUAGUGGGAAAUACCAACUCAACAAGACACUGCCACUGCAUGGCAUGAAGGUGAGCAGAGUGUCUGUCGAAGACUCUGAGAUGCUGCUGAGGAUCCAGAGUGUGCGAGGCUCCAUCACACUCUGUGCCAGCUCUUCGACAGAGCGUGAUGAAUGGCUGGCUGAUAUCAGCAGAGCAGUGGAUGAUUAUCAGAGGUCACAGACGUUCUUGAGCCUGAGAGGGAAUGCUGAGCUAUCCUCGGAGAAGACAGACAGUGGUCUAGGUGCCAAGCCACCAAUGCUGAUUCCUGACUCCCGAGUGGGUAUGUGUAUGAUCUGCUCAAGUGACUUCUCGCUGACAUGGAGACGUCAACACUGCCAUGCAUGUGGAAAGGUUAUAUGUCGAACAUGUUCCAGAAACAAGUAUCCACUCAAGUAUCUGAAAGGAAGGUUGGCCAGAGUGUGUGACCAGUGCCACAGGGAGCUGAAAAGGAAAGAAUUAUUAACAGAGAGUGAAAAGGCUCCAUCAUUACUGGCUCACUCACCAAGCACUACAUUCUCGUCAGUGUUUCACAGUUUCCACACAACCUCCCUCCGCAAACAGAAGAGGAUUCCAAUGGCUCUGAAGGAGGUUGAAGCUUCAGCUGAGGGAGUGUCAAUGAGUGGAUAUCUCCAGAGGUGUAAGAGGAACAAGAGACAUUGGAAGAAACUCUGGUUUGUCAUUCAUGAAAAAGUGCUGUACACCUACAGAGCAAGUGGAAACAAGGUCGCCGCAGAAAGCUUGCCUUUAUUGGGCUUUACUAUCAAGGGAUCAAAGGAUGAUGACCACUCUGGACCCAGUGUACUGUUUCAGCUUUACCACAAAAAUGUCCUUUACUACACAUUCAAAGCUGAGGACACACACACAGCACAGAGAUGGAUUGAAGCCAUGUUUGAAGCCACCGUAUUAUAGCAUUUGUGGGUCUUGCCAAUGUGAGAUAUUCCUUUCUGCUCUGGCCUCCAGCGGGUAUGUGAGGAAAUAAUUGUGACUCACCACCAUAAAAUAUUCCUUGUAACACAGGACAAUUAAAGGAAGGUUUCUGACUGUAUUCAGCAUGUGAUCUCAAUUGUUCAUUCCACACCAAUUGCCAAUUUUUUUUCCGACUUCAUUAUUAAGCAAGUUACUACUCUUCCAACAAGAAGUUGUCUCUCACUCUGGAAGGAGCAACCGACUCUCGCAUUACUACUCCUGGAGCAGCUGAAAACUUAAAGCACUGGAUACCUGAUUUAUAAUGUUCUCCCUGAGUGGUCGAGGCCUAGUCAGAGAUCUCGAUGAGCAAAUAAAUUCCCCCCAACACCCCGGAUAUAUGGUGAAGGAGGGAAGAGAUGUAGUUGGCACAGUGAGCAGUUGUCAAAAUAGGGCUUGAAUGACAGGGAUCAGUCACUUUCAAGUGCGAUUCCUCUUGAGACAGCAUGGAUGCUGUUAAGUGAUUCAAGUUUAGCAAUGCCCACUGUACAGAACCUAGCUGGUAUACAGGAAACCUCAAUUAUCCGGCAUUCGAUUAUUCAAAUUUUGGAUUAUUCCAUCAAGAUCGCAAGGCCCCCAUGCUUGGCUAACUAUGUUAUCUGGCAUUCGAUUAACCGAAUGUAAUACUCCUCGCUCGUGUCCUUCUGAUAAUCGAGGUUCCUCUGUAGUUUGAUUUUUGCAGUGGGUUUAUUGAGUUGCAUUGAUAUCAUGACAAAACUUUAGUAUUUUUUGCUCGCUGGAUGAACAGGACAAAUGAUUGAGAUAAAUAGGGUUUGUGUGUACAAACUGGAUAAAGGUUCUCAUCCCACUAUUGCACAUUGGCACUACAGCAAGGCCCUUCUUUAGGAUUGUACUCCAUCAGACUAAUUGCUGAAUGGAUGGGUCUGGUCUUGAGAGGUGGGUGUCUUAAUGCCUGCUGGAGAUAAGCUGAGCCCUCUGGAUUGGAAUUGCAUUGGUGAACUUGUAAAGCAUUCCUUUAUGCAGAAGUGAUUGUAAGACAGCAGAAACUGAAUAAAGUGCACUAAAGAAAAGUGGAAAUCAAAAUGAUGUCCUGACAAUGGCUGAGCAGGAAUUGUAUAAGUAUAAUAUAUUAUAAAUAAUGGUGAUCACAGGCUAAUGUAGGCUAUGCCAACACCUGAUGAUGACUAAUCGGAAAAGUGAGAAAGUCUGAAAGGAAAAUAUUUAGAAUCAAUAAACAUUUUUAAAUCA